ACGUGCCGUAGGGGGAAGAGCGCGCCCCUAAUUAUUAUUUUAAAAUAUAUAUAUAUACAUAUAUAUAUAUAAAUAAUUGGAGGCUUUGCCUAACACUGUGAAGGUCCAUCAUGUCUGACAGAAAGGCAGUGAUCAAGAAUGCGGACAUGUCCGAGGACAUGCAGCAGGAUGCUGUCGAUUGCGCCACUCAGGCCAUGGAGAAGUACAACAUAGAAAAGGACAUAGCAGCAUACAUCAAAAAGGAAUUUGACAAGAAAUACAACCCCACUUGGCAUUGCAUCGUGGGCAGGAAUUUCGGCAGCUACGUAACGCACGAGACGAAGCAUUUCAUUUAUUUCUAUUUGGGCCAGGUUGCAAUUCUCCUCUUCAAGUCGGGCUAGGAGGCAGGCAGACGGCAGUGGAGGGGGGGGGGCGAUGACGGCGGGCGAGGAACAUGGACUGUAGUGCACUGAAGGCAGGGGCCCAGGAACCCUUCAACCAUGGUUGCGCCGCUGCAUGGACUGUAAACUAUAUUUAAUGUGUAUAUGUUGCAGUAAAAACACCACCUAAAAUUC